UCCCAUAAAAAACAAGGAAGAGCACAUUAUCCUUGAACCAAGCAUGGCCAUGUCCUCAGCCACCACCGACAGAGUAACAGCUCUGAAAGAGUUCGACUCUGGCAAAACCGGAGUCAAAGGUCUCGUUGACUCCGGAAUCACCUCCCUUCCAGCCAUUUUCCACCACCCCAACAUCCGCCUCUCUAUCCCCUCCACCACCCACCUUUCAAUCCCCACUGUCGAUCUCUCCCUCCCACGCCCUAUCACGGUCGAUCUGAUCCGCUCCGCAUGCCAAGACUGGGGCUUCUUCCAGCUCAUUAACCAUGGCAUCCCUCUCUCCACCAUCGAAAACACCAUCUCCGCCGUCCGAUCCUUCCACGAACUUCCCACCACCAUCCGUUCCAAACACUACACGCGUGCGCAAGGUGCCACCUUCAUGUACUACUCCAACGAGGACCUGUUCCUUUCUUCGGCGGCGACCUGGAAAGACACGUUGAAGGUUUCGUUCGGCCCUGUCCGACCGGAACUCAACCAGAUCCCGGAGGUUUGCGGGUCGGAGCUGGUGGCAUGGGACGAGCAGGUGAAGGAGGUGGCGAGGGAAGUGAUGGGGAUGAUGUGUGAGGGGCUCGGAGUGAGCUCAGGGAGGCUGGAGGAGCUGACGUGUCUGGAGGGGAGAGCGUUAGCGGGGCACUUCUCCCCACCAUGCCCGAAGCCUGAUCGGACGCUCAGAUCCGCGGCGCACACGGAUGUCGGGGUUCUGACGGUUCUGAUUCAAGACGAGAUUGGUGGGCUUCAGGUGAAGAGUAUGAGGGACGAGUGUUGGGUUGAUGUGAAACCCAUCCCUGGAGCUCUUGUUGUCAACGUUGGUGAACUCCUUCAGAUUAUUUCCAAUGAUAAGUACAAGAGCGUGGAACAUCGAGUAUUGGCUAAUUCUAGCAAUGAACCAAGAAUAUCAGUUGGCAUUUUCUUUAGUCCUGGAAAAAGAGAUGAGGUAGAUCUAUAUGGCCCUCUGCCAGAGCUAAUAUCACCUGACAAAUCAGUUUUUUACCGGAGUUUGAAGAUGUCAGAGUAUGCCAAAGCUUUUCGAGGUCAAGCAAUAGUGUGUCACUGCAUUACUAAACAUGUUAAACUGCCAUGAGAUGACAAGGAUACUAACCGGUGAGAUUGGUGAUGCUAUCAUCUUUGAUUGUAAUAAAAUAAGUUGGAUAACUUGUGGAAAAAUUAUAAAAUGCUUAUGCUUCUCCUA